AUGAGCAACAACAGUAAUAAGAGAGCACCAACGACAGCAACACAGAGACUUAAACAGGACUACCUUCGAAUUAAGAAAGAUCCAGUGCCUUAUAUCUGUGCGGAGCCCCUCCCAUCUAAUAUCCUUGAAUGGCACUAUGUUGUCCGGGGACCUGAAAUGACUCCUUAUGAAGGUGGCUAUUAUCAUGGGAAACUAAUAUUCCCCAGAGAAUUUCCUUUUAAACCUCCUAGUAUUUAUAUGAUUACACCUAAUGGAAGGUUUAAGUGUAAUACAAGGUUGUGUCUUUCAAUCACCGAUUUCCACCCGGAUACAUGGAAUCCAGCUUGGUCGGUCUCGACGAUCUUGACGGGCCUUCUUAGUUUUAUGGUGGAAAAGGGCCCCACCCUGGGCAGCAUAGAGACAUCAGAGUUCACAAAAAGACAGCUCGCUGCGCAAAGCUUAGCAUUUAAUUUAAAAGAUAAAGUCUUCUGUGAGCUCUUCCCUGAAGUGGUGGAG